AUGGACGAGAACAUCCAGCAAUUCGCUGCCAUCACUGGCGCUUCGGCCGAAAAGGCUCGCUUCUUCCUCGAGGCUUCGGGCGGUGACCUGCAGACCGCCAUGUCGAGCUUCUACGAAUCCGAAGCAGGUGCGGAACCCGAAGGCGCCACAGAGGCAGACUCCGCACCUAGCGUCCCUGACAACUACACGGGCCCACGCACGCUUUCGGGCCAGCCUGUUGAUGCCUCGGCUGUCUCUGGCUUCGGCAGCUCGAAUGCUGCAUCGAGCCAGCCUUCUCGCUCGGCAACGUCCAGUAGCAACCGAGGCGGCAUCUCGACCUUCCGCGACCUGCAGUCCUCCAACGAUGGUCCCAGCGGCAGCAAGAGGGCCGGAGAGGAUCACGACGACGACGAUGAAGACGAUGACGAAAUGAACUAUUUCGCCGGUGGUGAGAAAAGUGCACUCAGCGUCGAGAAUCCCGAAGCACGUCGUCGUAGGAACCAGCCUGGUGGAGAUCUGGUGCAAGAGAUUCUCAAGCGUGCUGCUGAAGAGGGCAAGCGUCAUCCCGAAGAGCUCGCUGCAGCCCAGGCCAAAGCCUCAGGCAGCAAACCUUCGGCCUCCUCCUCAUUUGCCUUCACGGGUCGUGGCAGGACCAUCAACGACGAAGCAGAAGCUGAGCCUUCGUCCUCUUCCGCUGACACGAUGCCCGGUGGAUUUGGCGGCCGAUCCGGUGCUGCGGUUGCUGGUGCGGAUGACGAGGACGAUGACGGUGACGACGGAGAGGUAGCGAUCCGGAAUCUCACUUUCUGGCAGGACGGCUUCUCGGUGGAAGAUGGCGAGCUCAUGCGCUACGAUGACCCCGCACAUGCUCAGACGCUGGCAGCCAUCAACUCGGGCCACGCACCUCUCGACCUGCUUAACAUCCGCUUCGGCCAGCAGGUGCAAGUCCAUGUCCACCGACGUACUGACGAGCCGUACAAGCCGCCACCUAUGAAGCCUUUCGCCGGCUCGGGCAAUCGACUCGGCUCGCCCUCUCCCGCGUCGUUCGCUUCUUCAUCUCGAUCGCAGACGACCGCUGCAGCGGCCUCCUCUUCGGCACCACCUGCAUCCGGUUCCGCGGGCGAUUUCAAGGUCGAUACCGACAAGCCCACCACCCAGCUACAGGUCCGAUUGGGCGACGGACAGAGGAUGACCGCUCGCUUCAACACGCAUCACACGAUUGCGGAUCUGAGGAGCUACAUCAACGCUGCUAACCCAGGAAUGUCGACUCGAAGCUACGUGCUCACCUCGUCCUUCCCACCCAAGCCGCUUACGGAUGAAUCGCAGACGCUCGAACAAGCCGGGCUGCUCAACGCCGUUGUCAUUCAGAAGUUCCAGUGA